CCCACCAUCACUGGCACCUGUGACCAGAACCAGUUUUACAUCGGUGUGAAAUACGGAAAUCAAGGCCACAAUUUCAAGGCAAUGGUUGGCCCUCGAGAGCUUACAGCUGAGAUAGCUGACGAAUACAAUUUCCAAGGAAACAGCACACACUUUAGCCUCAUACUGCCAUACACUGCCAAGGACACAGCGGUCGAGCUGAUAACCUCGGAUUCAGUCAGAACCCGAGUUGACUUGCUUCUGUUGGAUCCCAUCAACAACUGGGUGCUUUCUGAUCUCUACCUGUCCUGCACCUUCCCCUUCAUAAGAACCACGUGUAACCCCAAUGGAACCAUGACCGCUAUGGCUGUGAAGGUGGAAUCUGUGCCCAAUCUCAGCCCAAGCAGGCUAACCCUAAAGGACCAGUCCUGCAAACCGGUGUUCAGUGACGAUCGCUCUGCAUAUUUCUCUUUCAGUGUCGAUUCCUGUGGAACCACUAGAACAUUCUUUGACCACUACAUGCUGUAUGAAAAUGAGAUUGGCCUGUAUUACAACAACAAAGGAGUAGCCUACAUAUCACCGGUUGAUCCGGAGUACAGACAGACCGUUUCCUGCUACUACGUGGUCAAUGAGACUCGGACUGUUGCAUUCAGCUCUAAACCAAGACGCUAUGAACCCACAGCAGAGAUCGGCUCAGGGCAGCUGAUGGCGCAAAUGAGGCUAGCCCAAGAUUCAUCAUACAAUCUCUUCUACCAAGCAGAAGAUUAUCCAGUUGUAAAAUAUCUGAGGCAGCCUCUGUAUUUUGAGGUGGAGCUGAUUGAGUCUACUGACCCAAAUCUGGAGCUCAUUGUGGAGAAGUGUUGGGCUACACUUUAUGAUGACCGGACGUCUCUGCCUCUCUGGGAUAUCAUUGUGGAUGGCUGUGAGAAUCCUGAUGAUAGCUAUGUGACCAUUUUCCAUCCUGUUGUGAGCAACACCAGGGUUCUGGUCCCAGCCCACAUCAAACACUUCUCUAUAAAGAUGUUCACCUUCACUAAAGAGGAGGCGGUUCUGAAAGAUGAGAUCUAUGUCCACUGUGAUGCAGUGAUUUGUGAUUCAAACGGCCAAUUGGAUGGUUUGUGCAGAGGCCAGUGUGUGCAACUUACACGCCAGAUUUACUCCAGACCGCAAGAGAUAAAAGGAGUAGGACGGGGGCAAAGAGGAACAGACUCUACUCAGCAAAGGCAAAUCUCCACUGGGCCUAUUGUGUUAACAUCUGAUCGAACUUCUGAAUAAACAAAUUUC